AUGACCGAAGCUGAGCCAGGCCCAAUUUCUCGCCCUAACAGUACUCUGGGUAUACUUCCCCCACUCGCGCAGCUCCGCUUUGUCAAUGCGGGCCUCGAGAAAAACCCCUAUCCUCGUGAGCACUAUAGUCGACAAUUCUCUGUCACACCGGACAGACAGACCCCCCAAAGCCAGCGAACUCCGCUCAUAACAUGGCCAGAUGCUGAUCCUAUCGAAGAGUUGAGAGAAGCCAAAGCCUGGGCAGUGAAGGAAGCCAAGCUUCUGGAGCGAUUCCAUGCUGGGAGGGUAAUACUCAGAAAAGAAGAGCCGGAACAAUAUGGGAUUUUCGGAGGGGACCCGGAAUACUGGGAUUCUCAGACAUCACAUUGGAAAACUGAAUAUGAAAAGCUGGCGAGGGUGUAUGAUAGGCGAAAACAGUUGGAAGCAGAAGGAAGGGCGGUCAACGGCUACGCCCAGUCACUACUCUUAAGCCCAAUCCAGUCGCCAUCACCUCCGCAAUCAGAUGGUGUCUUGCUAGCUACUGCUGCCGGAAUCAAGAAACGCAAGCCUACUGCCACCAGGCCUUCCAAACAGCCCAUCAAAAAGACUUCGUCGCAAAAGCGUGAGAACCCAUCUCCACAGCUAUCACAGCUUACCCCCAAGAACAGCCCCAAUAGCAUUUCUAAAGCUUCCAGGAAGCAUACAGAAACAGCAAAAGAACAAGAUGUGCCAGAGGGGAAUUCGAUUCAAGCGUCCUUUGGCACAAGACCACCAAGGCAAAUGACCGAUCCAAUACCAAAGGACAGGCCGCAUCUUGUCACCGAAAGCGCACUAGGGCCGCGAAUCAAUACUUCGAGGGUCUCGAAGACCACCACAAAGAAGAUGAGAAGGCAAAAGAAGAUGCACUUGAGAGGCCCUCAGGCUCCGCGUGUCCUGCCUUGGACGCUACGAUCAAGAGAUGCAAUAUCAUAUCGCGAGACUGGUACAAGAGCAGCUUCGAAGAAGAAGCGUCGCCCAGUCGUCCCCGUCCUCCCACAGCCCGCGCCCUCCCUCGUCAGCCGCCAACACCUCCCGAUCCCCCACUGGUCAACACUCUUCACAAGCUACGGCGCCCUCUUCGCCAUCCCACCCCUCGGCUCAGCCUGCCGACUCUACUCCCAAGUCCGGGACAACGCCCUCAACACCUGGGCAUCCCAGCCCGAGCUCGAUCAAGUAGCCGUCGGAGCCGGGGACGUCAAGCUCGAGUUCGGCUGCAGCAAGGAGCCGAUACCGUGGGACUUUGUCGCAGAGGUUGCCGCGAGUGAGAAGGAUGCGGUGGAGAGAGGGUUCGCGAGGACGUGGGCGUGGCAGGGUUGGGAGAGGACGGGCGAUCAUGGUAGGAUCUGUGAUGUUGGGUUCAGGUUGGCGGGAGGCGAGUCGGUGAUGCCUCCUAAGGGUGUGGUAGUGCGAAGGAAGAUCGAGUCUAGAGAACCGCGAUUGGUUCGUGGAGAGGUAGGGCCGAUACGGCAUGCGUUUGGUCGUUCCCAACUUGCUGAAUCUUACCCAAAUCGUAGCAUCUAA